AUGGCAUCGGCGAGCAGUUUGGCUGAUCCUGUCAGUGGUUCGGAGUCUGAUGUGGAGGAGGAUGGGGAAGAGGAGUGCGAUGAGGAGUUGGAGUGUAUUGCGGUGGUCGAAAGGCAUCGCUGCAGUGGAGAAGCAUUCGAUCUUGAUGGGGAGGUGAGAGCGGACGAUCGGAUCGCUAUGAGUCGAACCCGCGACGAGGAAGGUGUGGACGCCAUUUGCCUUGAUUCGCUCCUCACGGCUCGAUCAAUCUACAAUUUCGAAUACCACCGGAAGCAAAAAGGGGACACCGGAGACAAUACAGUAACCGGAUGUCCUGAAAGAGGGUAA